UUACGUCGUCGGGGUGCUAAUGUUGACACGCGACGUGUGCUACUCAAUCUUCGCGUUUUCUAUGGUCGUGUCAAUUUUCAGAGUAUUGUCCAUUGAUAUAGGUGGAUAGAGCAGACGCUGCGUCGUUUUUAGUGCUUUCAUGAAGAAUUAUAUAUCCAAUACGCAAGUUCCUGUCGUGACUGUACACAGAAUAUUCGCAAUCAUACAUGCCUCCUAAUAUGAACGAUCAUUGCCAACAACAUACCUGUGAAAGAAAUUUGAGCACUUUGUAAUCAAAUUAUUCACGAUAGGACCAUUUUCCAAGAUUCGCAGUCGCAUCGGCACACAAGAACACCAGAGCCAAAUCAUGGCAAUGCACAGUGUACCACCAAAGCGAAAGGAAAUCUACAAGUAUGAGGCACCAUGGCCCUUGUACAGUAUGAACUGGUCAGUAAGACCUGACAAAAGGUUUCGUUUAGCAUUGGGCAGCUUUGUAGAAGAAUACAAUAACAAGGUACAGAUUGUCUCACUGGAUGAAGAAACAUCAGAGUUCAGUGCCAAGAGUACCUUCGAUCAUCCAUAUCCAACUACAAAGAUUAUGUGGAUACCUGAUAGUAAAGGUCUAUUUCCGGAUCUCCUUGCUACGUCUGGUGAUUAUUUGAGAGUAUGGCGUGCUGCAGAACCAGAGACUCGUCUAGAGUGUGUUCUGAAUAACAACAAGAACUCAGAUUUCUGCGCGCCACUCACGUCUUUUGAUUGGAAUGAAGUAGAUCCGAAUCUGAUUGGUACCUCUAGCAUAGAUACGACAUGUACAAUCUGGGGAUUAGAGACUGGUCAAGUGUUAGGCAGAGUGAACAUGGUCACUGGACAUGUCAAGACACAGUUGAUUGCACACGAUAAGGAAGUAUAUGAUAUUGCGUUCAGUCGCGCAGGUGGUGGACGCGAUAUGUUUGCUUCUGUCGGUGCAGACGGAUCUGUGAGAAUGUUCGAUCUGCGGCAUUUGGAGCAUUCGACGAUAAUUUAUGAAGAUCCACAGCACACUCCAUUGUUGCGAUUAGCAUGGAACAAGCAGGACCCGAAUUAUCUCGCUACUGUGGCAAUGGAUGCAUGCGAAGUGAUCAUCCUGGAUGUUCGCGUGCCGUGCACGCCGGUAGCGAGAUUGAAUAAUCAUAGAGCCAGCGUCAACGGAAUAGCAUGGGCUCCGCAUUCGUCUUGUCACAUCUGUACGGCGGGCGACGAUCAUCAAGCUCUGAUCUGGGACAUACAGCAAAUGCCGAGAGCCAUCGAGGAUCCUAUACUCGCUUAUACUGCGGCGGAGGGCGAGGUUAAUCAGAUUCAAUGGGGCGCUACGCAGCCCGAUUGGAUAGCAAUUUGUUAUAACAAAGCGGCCGAGAUCCUUCGAGUGUGAACGAACGAUAGACAUUUGUUUUUUUGUUUAUUCUUCCUCCAGAUAUUUAUUCAGACAUAAAAGACUGUCUCUUUCAGACGAGUAGGUAUUCCUUUAUUUUUAUUAAAAUAUGAAACACAAAUCGUGCGUCGCGAAAGAAUGAAUAGCGAUUAAGAAUAAUAGAAAGAGGAGAGAUUUUGUAUACGUUGCGUUAAGUGUGUUUGUAUAUAUGUUUAUAGAACGAUACUGCAUACUUAAUAAUACUAGAUAUAAUCAGGGUUCCGAAUACUUAAACCGCAUCGGUAAGUAAUCGAUUGAUUAUUAGAUAUUUUGCGUGUAUUUGUUAGAUCAUGUUAUAGAUAUAGGCAACCAAGGGACGAUUCUAUGGCUAUCAUUAGGAUAGCCUGUGACAGUGGAUAAUAACGGAGUAGUAGAUCGUAGUGUUAGAAUGUGAUGUAUAAUUGUGAGUACCUACAAUUUUUAACAUAAUGUACAGAUUUUUUAUACAGACGUAAUUUUUUUAUAUGUAAGGAGAAAAAUAUAUCUACACACAUACACGUUCACGUUAUUCAUAAUAAACUCAUGUUUUACCGACACAAACUCUGCACCCGAUCGAUCACUGUCAUCUUCUUGAUGGACACCGGAUCAAUUGUUGGCAAAUAUAUGAAUUAUUGAUGCCAUGUCCGGCAUCUGUGAUCUUCACAUGUGUUAUCAUACAGGAAUAUAACACUGAAUAAUCUUUAAAAAGAUUUGGAUGGCGAUCACUACUUAUAAACAAAAAAUUAUUAACAUGUGUUUGAAGAAAUGAGCGUACUGUAUUAGAAUUUUAUUCGUGUAAAGGCCAAUAAAUGUAAAUAAAUGUCAUAAUGCUAUAGGGUAGGGUUAGAUUGGGUUUCUUCACUCAUCUUAAAGUAGGUAUUUAUAUUGGAAGCAGCUAAAUUUAUUAAGUGAUUUUCACGUUAUAUUAAUGAACAAUGAGUAGACUAAGACUCUUCGAAGGCUCCUUAGAAUUAUGUCCUUUAUAACACACGUGAAGGUCAGAGAGAGAGAGAGAGAGAGAGAGAGAGAGAGAGAGAGAGAGAGAGAGAGAGAGAGAGAGAGAGAGAGAGAGAGAGAGAGAGAGAGAUAUCGAAGGUGGUGGAGCCAGUAAUCCGCAUAUUUACCCAUUUUGUAAUUGCUACCAACGCGUCGUAUUUCUCGUCAAUUUGUGCGCUGUAUCGCACCGACAUAAAGAGAGACAAAAGACACCGUUUACCGCGCGUUAAGGACCGACACUCACAAGGGAGGUAUACGAUUAAUAAGAGCCAAACUUACAAAAAGAAUCACAUACACGUGUAUUGUUAUACGAGAUAUCGUAUAAUUUACAGAGAUGUUAAGUGAGCAGAAUGCGAUAUUUACAGUAAUGAACCGCGCGCGCGCACGUGUGUAUACAAGAGUCCGUAAAUUCAGUCAAUUAACAUGAAAUGAUUGCGUGUUCGUUCUUUUUCUUUUCUUUUUUCCCUUUCUGUUCUCUCCGUUUGUCCCAUUCACUUCGAUCUGAUCUGACCGAUUUUGAUUGUCACGUACGUACAUGGGUACAUUUGUACCUGUAUCUCGAUCUUUAACAAAAGAAAUUAGCACAGUCUUAUUAUAUAAUUCAAUAAAUAUUAAUAAAUAUUAAUAAGAGCUUUCUUUAUUGUCUCCUCUUCGAUGUGUGUAGCAGACGCGAUCUUUCGCAGUGCGCCUCCGCGGAAAACAAUUCGUCGACAUUAACGCUAACGCUCGAGAGGGAUA